CCCUGGUCGUUUAAGCCAUCGCCUUACCGUGGCACGUCUUGGCUCAAAGCCUCUUGUAAGUUCGAAUUUGGUGAAAUCAAUGCGUAGAAAGUGAAUCCGAGGUUGGCGCUGACGUUACGCAAAGCCGUGGAAAAGUGAAAAGCCGUGGAAAACCUGGCCGCUCUAAAAGUGCACCAGCACCUGCCCAUUUGGAUAUUCGGCGACUGAUUGCCGUUGCGUGCGCCGCCUGCUAGCCAGCUCCUAGGCUCUAAUUGUCGGCUGUCAAACCGGAGCAACACCUGGCCGAUCGUCGGCCCCCCUGCCGGCACAAAGCGGCCGCCGCAUGCGUCUCAUCCAAACGGCCACCGGCGGUGCUGCUGCGACUGUUCUGCAGUCCCACUCCCAGUCGCAGUACAACUACACCAACAUGCGCGAAGAUGAUAUCGAGCUGGCCAUCAAAGUGGUAAUUGUUGGAAACGGCGGCGUUGGCAAGUCCUCGAUGAUCCAGCGCUACUGCAAGGGCAUAUUCACCAAGGACUACAAGAAGACAAUCGGAGUGGACUUCCUGGAGAGGCAGAUCGAGAUUGAUGGGGAAGAUGUGCGCAUAAUGCUGUGGGACACAGCCGGGCAGGAGGAAUUCGACUGCAUAACGAAGGCUUAUUACCGGGGGGCACAGGCUUCAGUGCUCGUGUUCUCCACGACUGAUCGGGCCUCGUUCGAAGCUAUCAAGGACUGGAAGCGCAAGGUGGAGAACGAGUGCAACGAGAUACCCACGGUGAUUGUGCAGAACAAGAUUGAUCUGAUCGAGCAGGCCGUAGUCACUGCCGACGAGGUGGAGACACUGGCGAAGGUGCUCAACUGCCGUCUGAUACGCACGUCCGUAAAGGAGGAUAUCAAUGUGGCCUCCGUGUUCCGCUACCUAGCUACCAAGUGCCAUCAGCUGAUGACUCAGAGCUACGACCAGACCGGCAGCCAGCAGCACUCGUCCAACCAUCCGCCCUACAACAGCACGCCCACAAUCAGCGCCUUCAGCCCGACCUUCACCAAGUCCAGCAGCGGCACCAUUGUGCUCCGCCCGGCCAAAAAGGGCAGCGGGUCCAGUGCGGCGCGAAAGCGCAAAAUAGUUCUCAAGAAGUGCGGCAUCUUGUAAUGGAAGGGGAUCAACGCCAGCCAGGGGGGUUGUGCCAGCUAGGCAGGCAGAGGCAGUCAAGCAGGGAGUAUAGAUGGAUGGAUGGACGAGAUGUUGGCAAUUAAUAACUGGAGCAUAUUUAACGCUUAAUUAUUUAUGAGCCUAAUGAAGUUGUGGCCAGGUGGCGGUGGCCAGCCAACCGUUAUAUGCACAGCCACAGCCAAUCACUAGUCGUGCACAGACUCCGCGUGAUGUGGCCCAGACAUGCGAGAAAGCAGCGAUAAUCGGAACCAGUAAAGUGCAUCUUCGGGACACACCUCGAAGUGAAGAUACCCUUGCAGAUUUACAUACAUACUAAGGCACUAAGAAGUAAUAUUUAAUUAAAUUUGCAAGUUACAAAAUACAUUCAAAACCAUGUAGAGUGCUUUGUGGUAUCUAGACCAAUAUCUAGAAUAUUCGAAUCUACCCGCGAUCUGCAACGGUAUUCGAGCUCUCAAAACCAUAACAACCAACAUGCAUUAUCAUAUGCAGCUACUCGAAAACUACCCUAAUUAGCUAUAGAUAUCAAAUAUCAAAUCAGACGGGAUGUAUUGUAUUAUGCCCCCCUUCUAUAACGGAGACUGAUGUAGCAAUGCUCCUCAUAUCGGAUAUGUACAUAUACUUUUAUAUGGGUUCUCGUACCGGCCUAACCAAUUAUUAAAAUUAAAAGGCUAUUCACCACGCUAGCCCAGCCCAGAUGUUCAUGUGAGAUAGAUCCCUCCGCCAAUUAGCUUUGGAGAAUGUGCAAUUAAUAAUUCAGCUUAUAUAAUUAUUCGCGAAUUGCGAGUCAUGACAAAGCGUAAUUCAGCUCGUCUUUAUAGGGAACCAGUGUCCAGUGGUCCACGUUCUAUGCAAAAAUCCCCCAGUCCACAAGUGGGCUACAACAAUAUAUCAAACUAUAUCCCUAUCCUAAGCCUAUUCUCAUAUUGUAUCUAUAUGUUUAAUUUUGUAUUUAAAAUAUACCUACAAUUAAUAAAUUAUUUUUGUAUAAAUGGACCCAAAUAAUAAAUUCAAAUCGAGAACA